UGGGAGUGUCAAAACAGCUCCCAUUGUUUUGCCCCCUCUUCCGGCCUUGACUGCUCCUCUAAGCCAUACUAGCAGCAAGUUCUUUACCCAAGAGCAGCAAUCCGUCGGUAUUAAUCGCGCAUAUGAUUGCGUUACAAAACCAGGCCAUCUUACCCUCCGCCAAAGUGGAUAUCUCACUGUUACUGAAACCCCAAGAUGAAGAAGAGACCGCCUCGGUGACUAGCGCACCCACAUAUGCAACGAACACGAUAUCUCAAGCUUCAUUGGUCCCGUCUAUGCCCGUGGCGAUACCAUCUUCUAUUCAUUCAGCAACGGCCGUCCAGCCGCUCACCAAAGUUCCCUCCUCGGUCCCUGUCAAGCGUCUUCAACCAGCACAUACGGCGGAGUCCCCUGCCAAGAAGCAGUCAAAAUGGUCUCCCGAGGAAGAUGCUCUUAUCAUCGAAUUGCGAGGCAGUGGUAUGAAAUGGGAAGAUAUCAGCAAGCGCCUUCCGGGGCGAAGUGCUAUCAGUUGCCGUCUUCACUAUCAGAAUUAUCUGGAACGCAGAAGUGAAUGGGACGAGGAUAAGAAAAACAAGCUUGCGCGACUAUAUGAAAGGUUCAAGGCCGAGAUGUGGUCGAAGGUCGCAGAGGAAAUGGCGAUUCCAUGGCGGGCAGCGGAAGCCAUGCAUUGGCAACUGGGAGAGCAGGAGAUGGCUCGUCGUGCCGGUGUUGUUCCUUUCUCGCUGUCAAGCACUGCAAUCGAUCCACCUGCGCCCAGAGCACGCAGAGCCAGCACAUCUUUGUCUCGGCCGAGGAAAGGAUCGAGUUCGCGUUCGAUACACCAUCCCCCGCAGCUUCCAUCCGUUGAGGAACUUACUGCUGGAGUACCCGCAUUUGCGCCGCCUCCGCCUUUUUUGCCACCCCGCGAAGCAUUUAGGAUAAGCCGCCCUUUGGAUCUGGGUGGUAGUCAAGGCGGCCCAUUCGGACCGAAUCUCGGUCUUCCUCCUCGAACCCUUCCCUAGGCAGGCCGGGGGAACGGUGACGAUAACUAUGUCUAUUGGUUUUCUCCAUUGCGUCGUUACGAAUUGCAUAGCGCUGGUUGGAGGUAUUGGUCGUUUCAAGGGAAGGUUUAUCAUAGAUGUUCAUCUUCGAUAUGUGCAUAGGUGGACUUCGCAUUGCCAAUGCAUCAGAG